AACGUCGAAAAUUAUUAGAUUGGAUAUGUCGCGCCUCAAACCGUACUGUUAAACAUGGUGACGAAAAGCACGCGGUGUGUGUAAGCCAGGAGUAAUAUAGUAAUUAUUUUUUUUCUCAUUUUGCGAGUCUCUCAUCUUUAUCAAUUAAGUAAUGAUCGUUUCACGAUUGGCCGAUUUAUAAUUUCGCUUAAUUCGCAAUCCAAUUGACUAUCAUGGUCUCUUGUCUCUUGUAGUCUUUAUGGUUAAACUACUACUGGAGAAGACAAUUCAUAUUGAGUAAUGUAGUCGAUAUAUCGGUCCAUUGUUUCGUUAUUUGUAUCUUGUGCGGUGUUAUUUUUAAUUCUCUUUUUUUUUAAAAAAAAUUCAUUUCAAUAAUUUUUCCUUUUUGUUGUAAUUUAUGGGAAUUUUUUCCAUUGUUUUUUUUUUUUUUUCGUUUUUCGUUUUUUAUCGUGAUCUUACACUUACGAGUAUAAUAUAAUGGAAAUUUAUCGAUUUUAAACGUUAAAAUUUGUGAUAAUUUUUUCGCUUUAAAAUUCCUGCUCCUUUGUGCACUGAUCUGAAGAAACUUCCAAUAUCGAAGCAAAGAUGUUGAAAAUUUUAAGCAUACUUUAUCUAAGCACGUUAUUAGCAUUACCGAUAUCAGCCAAACAAAAUUACACCGAUAGAUUCGACGUGUGUCACGAUGAACUACCAAAACACUCGUUUUCAAUCAUGGAUUACGUCGUGUUGGCCAUAAUGUUGAUAAUAUCAUGCGCCAUUGGAACAUUUUAUGGUUUUUUCGCCAAAAAACAAGAAACGUCGAGUGAUUUUUUGCUUGGAGGCAGUAACAUGGGCACUUUACCAAUGUCGUUAUCAUUGGCUGCCAGUUUCAUCACAGCUAUAGAAUUACUGGGUAAUCCGGCUGAAAUGUAUAAAUUUGGCACUCAAUUUUGGACAAUUUGUUUUGCAUUUCUAUUCGUCGUUCCCAUCACCACCAAAUUCUAUUUACCGGUUUAUAUGAAACUCAGGCUGACAUCCUCGUUCGAGUACUUGGAAUUGCGAUUCAAUAGACAAGUUCGUUUAUUCGCUGCCCUAAUGUAUGCCCUCCAAAUGACUUUGUACACUUCAGUUACUGUUUAUGCUCCUGCUAUCGCAUUAAGUCACGUUACUGGAAUGGGAGUACUGUACGCUGUCUCAUUGGUGUAUUGCGUUUGCAUAUUUUAUUCGUCGCAGGGUGGAAUGAAAGCAGUCAUUAUGACGGAUACAUUUCAAGCGGCAGUUCUUAUGAUCUCUUUAUUUUUAAUCAUGAUCCUGGGUCAAAUGCUAGUCGGUUCCGUGUACGAUGUUUUCAAUAUAGUAGCUGAAUCGGGAAGAAUCGAAUUAUCCAAUCUGAAUCCUUCACUGACAGAAAGACACUCAAUUUGGACUCAAGUGAUCGGAGGAAUCGCAUAUUGGGUACCUAUGUUUUGUUCGAAUCAAGCCUCGAUUCAAAAAUACCUCUCGGUCAAGACUACUAAACAAGUGCGUAUUGCGUUAUGGGUUAGCGCUAUCAGCUUAGUGGUUAUUUACACUAUUAAUUUUUAUACGGGCAUGAUUGUGUUUACCGAGUACCACGAGUGUGAUCCUUUGAACAAAAUGUCAGCCGGCGAAUCGGUGUUGCAAUCUAAAGAUGAAAUUUUACCAUUUUACGUGAUGAACGUACUUGGAAGAUACGACGGUGUGCCGGGAUUCUUCGUUGCUGGAAUUUUCGCUGCUUCUUUAGGAACAGUUGCUUCAGCGUUGAAUUCGUUGGCUGCAAUUACGAUGAAAGAUUUCCUGGAUGCUGGACUUAACAUCAGAGUGGCAGAUAACAAAGGAGCUGCGUUAUCCAAAUGGAUAUCGAUUGUCUUCGGUGCUAUCAGCUUCUUACUUAUUUUCGUCGUUCGGCAAAUGGAUAGUGUACUAAAGGCUGCUCUAACAUUUAACGGAAUUGUUGGUGGAAUCAAUCUAGGAUUAUUUUCGUUGGGUAUGUUUCUACCCUGGAUAAAUUCCAAAGGUGCUUUGGCCGGAUCACUGUUAUCCUUAGUGUUCGUAUCAUGGAUCGGUAUCAAUUCUCAGAUAGCCGAAACCGAAGGUUACAGUUCGGAGUGUGAUAAACCUACUUUUUUCAACGAAUCAGACUCUGUACAUUUUCGUCCGAUUCCUUGCGAUUCGAACUCUGACGUGUUCGUAUUGUAUAGAAUUAGUUACAUGUGGUAUUCGGCUAUUGGACUUCUGAUCACAGUUGUCUUUGGUGUAUUGGUGAGCUGGUGUACCGGUUUCGAUGACCCGUGCCGAGUACCUUCCGAUUUACUAUCUCCGCCAUUCAGAAAGUUCUACUCGAAGUUUUCCAACCAUACGAAAGAAAGGUUACAUAUACCUAUCGAGACAAAAGAAGAAAUUCAAAUCAAUCAAAUUAACGGAAGCGAAAAACUUCACUUUGAGAGGGUGUCAUCGGAUACGUGAAACUUCGAUAACAAUUGGACGAAAAUGCUGUUUGUAAAUAGUAUCGACUUGGUGAUGAAAGAAGAAUUCGCAUUAACCAUAAUAUUUUUUUCCUCUCAUUUUUUUUUCUUUCGUGUAUUUUUGUAAUUUUGUUGUCAAAUAACGUGUAAUAGCCGAGCACAGUUUCAAGUUCGCUUGGUUCAGUUUAGAUAGGUUACUUUUGAUGAACUUGUUCACUUUUUUGUCAAUUUAUGUUCACACAUGAUCAAGUUCACUAGAUCAAGUAACUCGAAACAAGUAAACUCGAAGCGUGUGAAUUUAACUUAUAACUACAUAGAUACGUUUAAAAACUUUAUGCUGGUACAAUAUGUAUUAUAUAGGCUACCUACCUACCUACGUAUUUUUACCAAGUUAGUUUCAAACUUAGAGCUAAUCUUGUUAAAAUAAACACGAGUUCGUUGAAAUUUUUAACGUU